UCUGCGGGCUGUGGUGGGUCCCAUCUUUCCUUACAUUUGUGGGCCAGGUUUAAGAAGACAAGGGGGAGAGCUCUCAGUAGGAUUUAAAGAAAAGGGAAAAAGAAGUGGGUGUGACAGGGCGCUCUUGCUUUGCUGCUGUGGAAGCUGCGUGUCCAUCAUUUGUCACAGUUAGCUGGAUUCUGUCUGCCUAAGGGGACUGAACGUUUCUGUCAGUCACAGACAGGCUGAAUAAUACCCCUCAGGGUUUGAUCUCUUGCCAAGCACCCUGCAGCUUUGAAGGGGCGAGCAGGGGAAGGAAAGAAAGACUGAGCAGUGGAAGCCCAGGGGCUCUUCCUCCAAGACUGGACCAAGCCACCGUGCCGGGACAGGCGCCUGUUGCAGCAUGGCUCGGAAGAUGAGUGUCUGUGAGCUGGAGGACCAGUUGCUCUGCCCCAUUUGCCUGGAGGUCUUAAAGGAGCCCCUAAUGCUCCAGUGCGGGCACUCCUUCUGUAAGUCCUGCGUGGGGUCCCUCAUGUGCAACCUGGACCAGCAGCUCCUGUGCCCCGUGUGCCGCCAAGCUGUGGACUGCAGCACCUUGCUGCCCAACGUCACGCUGGCCUGCGUCAUCGAGGCGCUGCGGACCAUGGGCGAUUCAGAUCCCAACCAGGAGUCCUGCCCUGUCCACCACAACCCCCUCAGCCUCUUCUGCGAGCAGGACCAAGAGGUGAUCUGUGGGCUUUGCGGCAUCAUUGGGGCUCACCGUCAGCAUAAGAUCCUGCCUGUCUCUACCGUAUACAGCCGGAUGAAGGAGGAGCUUUCAGUGCUAAUAACAGAGGUCCAGCAACACAAGAGGAAGCUGGAUGAGCACAUCAGCAAGCUGGUUAACAAUAAAACCCGGAUCGCAAAUGAGUCAGACGUCUUCAAGUGGGUGAUCCGGAAGGAGUUCCAGGAGUUGCACCGUUACAUUGACGAGGAGAAGGCCAGCUUCCUGGAGAGCAUUGAGAGGAAGGCUGGCCACCUCAUUGCCUCCAUUGAGUCCCAGGUCACGCAGACAUCAGACACCCUGCACAAGCUGCAGGAAAUGGAGAGCUCGCUGGAGAAACUCAAUAAUGAAAGUCAGCUGGAUUUCAUCCAGAACUACGGCUCAUUCCCCUCCAGGUCAGAGUUUCUCCCCCAGCACCCAGCUGAAGGGACCUUCAGCGCCAUCUCCUUUAAGCCAGGUUUCCACCAAGAUGACAUCAAGAUGACAGUAUGGAAACGUCUGCUCCGCAGAGUCCUGCCAGCCCCAGAGACACUGAAGCUGGACCCGGUGACAGGACAUCCUCUGCUGGAGCUGACCAAGGGCAACACUGUGGUGCAGAGCAGGCUGCUCUACCAGCGCCGGGGCAGCAAUCCUGAGUGCUUUGACUCCAGCAACUGCAUCCUCACCAACAAGGGCUUCUCCUGGGGCAAGCACUACUGGGAGGUGAUCGUAGGCACCAAGAGCCACUGGCGCCUGGGCAUCAUCAAGGGCACAGCUAGCCGCAAGGGCAAGCUGAACAAGUCUCCCGAGCAUGGCGUGUGGCUCAUUGGCCUGAAGGAAGGAAAGGUCUACGAGGCCUUCAACAACCCCCGCACCACGCUGCCGCUUACGGCCCGGCCCCAGCGCAUCGGCAUCUACCUGCACUACGAGAAGGGUGAGCUGACCUUCUACAAUGCCGACAGCCCCGAUGAGCUCAUCCCCAUUUACACCUUCCGGGCGGAGUUCCAGGGCAAGCUCUACCCCAUCCUAGACAUGUGCUGGCACGAGCGGGGCACCAACGCCCUGCCCAUUGUGCUGCCCACGGCCACCAUGAUUCGACACACACAAGCUCCUGACAGCAGCCUGGACCCACCGGAGCCCACAAAGCUAUAGAUCUCCACCCAGAGCCCCACACCCUACCCACUGUUUGGGGAUUGUCAGACCUCUCUGAGCUGUGAUGCCCAGCUGGGGAGGGCUUAUAGCUGGUAUCGUUCUCUGCCAUUCAAGCCUCAGGGUUGGGAAAACAGGAUCUUUAUCCCUUAAGAGCAGAGAUGGGCAUGAACCAAACCACCCUCCCACCCCCACCCUGGGGGAAAUUCGGACCUGAUUGCUGCCGUUUGGACCCAUCCCCACUGCUGUGUUCCACCUGUCUCUGCCGCCUAUUCCCUGCCCAGACUCCUGUGUGGGGCACCGUAAUGACUGCUAGGGACUGAUGAUUGUGUCCCAGGCUAAGGAUCAUGCCGGAGCAGCAGGCACAGAGAGAAGUAUCCUGCCCCCACGCACAUGGCCCCAGCUGUGCAGAAGUCAUAGAAUUAUAGACUUUCAGGGUUGGAAGGGCCCUCAGGAGGUCAUCUAGUCCAACCCCCUGCUCAAAGCAGGACCAAUCCCCCAAUCAGAGAGGAUGAAGACAGAAUCCAACCAACCAAGACAGGAUUGUCUCAGUCUGUGGUCAGAGCUUAGCAUGGAGUGUCAGCUGCUCCUUAAACAAUCCUGUUCUCCCUCCCCAACCCGACUGUUCCACUUAACACAGUGAACCAAGGCCCACAUGCAUAUGUCCUUGUAUAGCCCCUAGGAUCUCCCAAUUCCACAACUCAACCCUGGCUCCCUUUAGCUCAUGCUUUCAGAUCAAGAGCCCAGAGUUCAUUCUGUCCCAGGUGACCUGACGUGGGGCAUCACUGCACACUGUUUAGUGGCUGGCUGGAAUUAAACAGCCAUCUAGCAUUAGUGUGGGUUGCCUAUGUGCUAGCUAGGGAGGCUUUCCCCAAAUGUGAGAAAUCCACAGUGGGGCUGAUCCCCCUCUGUGUCCACAGGGAGUUAACCCGGUGUGACAGAUUAGUUAAGUCUGUACAUGUCUAAAUGAAACUACAAACACCAAACACCAUUUUGAGUGUAAACUGCA